AUGGUGGAGCUGCCGCUGCCCGCCGGGCUCAGCGCCCGCACCUUCCCCGCCAAGCUCUGGCGCCUGGUGAACAGCCCCCGCAUCCGCUCCGUGCGCUGGGACAGCUGCGCCCAGGGGCUGCUCAUCGACCGCUCCCUCUUGGAGCGGGAGCUGCUCAGCUCGGGCCGCGCCCACAGGCCGCUCACCUUCAGGGCCACGCAGUUCCGCAGCUUCGUGCGGCAGCUCUACCGCUACGGCUUCCGCAAGGUGCCGGGCUGGCUCGGCUCGGCCGCGCCUGGCGAUGCCGGGGCCUGGCUCCACUACAGCAACCCCUGCUUUCGCCGCGACCGCCCCGACCUCCUGCUCCGCAUCAAGCGCCGGAGCGCGGCCAACAGGCAGCGGCCGGCGGCGGGCCGGGAUGGCCGCAGGCGCCCGCCCCGCUGCUCCCAGCAGCUCCCCGGGGCGCGGCCGCUGCCAGAUGGGCGGCACGGGCGCGGUCGCUUCAUGCCACUGCCCAGGGAGCGGCCGCCGCUGCCGGCCGAGCGCCCGCCCAGCGGCUUCCUCCUGCUGCACAGGGAGCGGGCGCUGCAGGACGGGCGGGAGCUGUGCAUCCCCCGGCCCGGCCGCCUCCAGCAGCUCCCCGGGGAGCGGCCGCUGCUCGCCCGGCGCCCGCCCUGCGGCUUCCACCUGCUGCACAGGGAGCGGCCGCUGCCGGCCCGGCGGGAGGGGCCGAGCCGCUUCCAGGAGCUCUACGGGGAGCGGCCGCCGCCCGCCGAGCGGGAGGUGCUCGGCAUCCCGCCCUGCCACUUGCUCGGGCUCCACGGGGAGCGGCCGCUGCCGCUCGGGCAGGAGGGGCCCCGCAGCCGCUCGCAGGAGCUCUGUGGGGAGCAGCUGCCUCCGGCCGAGCGGGAGGGCAAUGUUGGUGUUGCCCCUGAUUCUUCAGGAGGGGAGCCUGUGAACAGAGCUGCAGCAGAGGAAGCUUCAUCUGGCACCGAGAGCUGCAGGAACAGUUCCCAGGAGCCCGAGGAGCCUGAGCUGAUGAUCAAGUUGGAGCAGCUGCUGCUCACUGCAGAGGGCAGUUUGUACAUGGCCGAAGGCCUGAGUGUCAGAGCAGCCCUAGGCCUUGCUCAGUUGAGGAGAACUUUUCUGGUUGGGGUAUUGUCAGUGGGUAGCUGCCCACUGACAAGAGCCUUAGGUGCUGAUCCUGAGAUCACAGAACCAACAGCAGUCUCUCCCCUGGCUCCCUCUGCUCAUGGAGAGGAGGCCGAAGAGGAGGCAAAUGAGGUGGAUGAGCGCCAGCCUCCAGCUGUGCUCACACCACAGCCUGAACAUUCUGAGCCAGUGCUUCUAGAGAAAGAGCAGGAGCACACUGCCUCAUCUGAGCUGCCAUGCCAGACUCAGGGAGAGCUGUUCCCUGCCCGAGAGCAGGAAGAGCAGCUCAGGCAGCAGGUGGAAGAGCCACAGGAGAAUGGCCAGAACAUCAAGGCAGAGCCACAAGCAGAGCUGCCUGAAGCUCAGAGUGCCAUCAUGGCAGUGAAGAGGAGGAAUGAAGACAUCCAAGAGGAGAAGAAUCUCCCUAUGCACAGGGGUAAUCAACAAAAACAGGUGAAUGAAGGAAUGGCAGCCACUCCACUCAUGAGAGAGAGUCCUUUCCAUUGUUGUUUACAGAAAAUUGACAAACAGAUGCAGGCACAGCUGCAGGAAACUGAGGCUAGGACCAAUGCAAGGAAGAAGAGGCUAGAUGAAAAAAUUAAAAUCAUCCAAGAGAAAAUUAAUCGCCUCCUUCAGGAGCAAAAGGCUCUAGAAAAGCAAGUGGCCAUCAAGAAAAUACAGCUUCAAGGACUGAGGAAGAAGGAACAAAAAGUCAACGAACUCAUGGUCAUGAAGGUGAAUAGAAAUCCCAACCUGGUUAACUGUUUAGACAGCUACCUUGUGGGUGAGGAACUGUCCCUGGUUAUGGAGUACAUGGAUGGAGGCACUCUGAGCAAUGUCAUCAGCCAGACCUACCUGUCUGAAGAUGAGAUGGCAGCCAUCAGUCAGGAGUGCCUGCAAGGACUGGAUUUUCUUCAUUCAUACCAUGUCAUCCACCAAGAUGUGAAGAGCAGCAACAUCCUUCUCAGAACUGACGGUUCUGUCAAGCUGGCUGACUUUGGCCUCUUUGCUCAGCUCAGCCCUGAGCAGGGCAGACGGAGCUACGUGGCUGGCGCUGCUGGGUGGCUGGCGCCUGAAGUGGUGACAGGUCAACCAUGUGGCCCCAAAGUGGACAUAUGGUCUUUGGGAAUUGUGGGCAUCGAAAUGGUGGAACGAGAAGUUCCUUCCUGGAAUGCAACUCCUGUCUUGCCUCAACUCCUGAUAGCCACAGGAGGAAGACAAAAGCUGCAGCAGCCCAACCUAUUUUCAUCCUGCCUGCGUGACUUCCUGAGCUGCUGCCUGCAGACAGACGAGGCGCGGCGCUGGUCUGCCAAGGAGCUGCUGCAGCAUCCAUUUGUAAGAUUUGCUGAGCCUGUGUCCAGCCUGGUGCCACUGAUUGUUUCAGUGAAGAAGAGGAAGGAGACAAGAAUGUGA